AAUUCAAAGGAACAUCCCCAGUACUCUCCUUUCUUUGACCCACAUCACAUCUCUAUAAUUACACCUCUCUUCUGAAACAUUUAUCACACGUACAGAGAAGAUGACCACUUCUUCCAUGGCCUUACAAGGAGCUUCUUCCUCUCUCCGGUCCUCUUCUUCUUCCAUCCAUCCAUGGACUCACGAUGUAUUCUUAAGCUUUAGAGGUAAAGAUGUUCGCCAAAAAUUUAUUUCUCAUCUAUACCAUGCUUUGAAUAAAAGGGGAAUCAACACUUACAUAGAUGAUGAGCUCGAAAGAGGAGAAGAAAUUUCUCAAGCACUUUUUCAAGCUAUCGAAGGGUCAAUGAUUUCCAUCAUUGUACUAUCUAAAAACUAUGCAGACUCCAGAUGGUGCUUGAACGAAUUAUUGAAGAUCCUUGAAUGUAUGGGAACAGUAAAACAAAAUGUUCUACCAGUAUUUUACGAGGUUGAUCCAUCAGAUGUAAGACAUCAAAAAGGAAGUUUUGGAGAAGCAUUCGCUAAACUUAAAGACAAGUUCGAGGGCAACGAAGAAGUGCUGAAGUGGGAGGCAGCUUUAGAAAAACUAGCCAAUAUGUCGGGGGUCGAGUUAAAAAAUUACAGGAAAGAGUCAGAAUUUAUCGAGGAAAUCAUCCAAUGGGCGGAGUUAAGAGUGGUAAACCAACCUCUAAGCGUUGCCAAGUAUCCAAUUGGGAUAGAGUAUCGUAAACGAGACAUUUAUAAACAUUUAAGUAUUGAAAGGAAUGAUAUUAUACGUAUUGUAGGGAUAUUCGGAACUGGUGGAAUUGGUAAGACGACUAUUUCCAAAGACAUCUAUAACCAGUUUUACUCUCAAUUUGAAGGAAGUUGUUUCUUGAAAAACGUUAGAGAAACUUCAAAACCAGCAGGAGGUCUGAUUCAGCUGCAAAAUACCAUUCUUUUUGAGAUUUUAGGAACAAAAUUGGAUGUUCCUAAUACUGACAAAGGAAUCAAUGUGAUUAAGAACAAACUUAGCUCUAAAAGGAUUCUACUAAUUCUUGAUGAUGUGGAUGAGUUGGUCCAACUAGAAAAUCUAGCCGGAGAUCGCGCUUGGUUUGGUUUGGGAAGUAGAAUUAUCAUAACAACGAGAGAUCAACGUUUACUAGAUAACGCUAAAGUUGAUUCAAAACAUGAGGUGAUGAUUUUGGAUGACAGUGAAGCUCUUCAACUCUUUAGCUUGCAUGCUGUUGGGAAAGAUGAACCAUCUGAUGAGUAUGUGGACCUCGCUAAACAAGUAAUACAAUAUGCUAAGGGCCUUCCAUUGGCUUUAGCAGUGCUAGGUUCGGAUCUAAAGGGUAAAAGUGCAUAUCAAUGGAAGAGUGCAUUGGAUAAGUAUAAAAACAUUCCCAAUAGAGAUAUUCAGAAAGUACUUUUAGUGAGUUAUGAAGGAUUAGAUAAUAAUGAGAAGGAAAUAUUUCUUGAUAUUGCAUGUUUCUUCAAAGGAGAACCUUUGCUUAAUAUCAUGAAAAUAUUUGACAAUUGUGGUUUUUCUCCGGAUGAUGGUAUCGACAGGCUUAAAGACAAGUGUCUUAUUACUAUUGAAGGUGGAUAUGUUCGGAUGCAUGACUUACUACAAGAUAUGGGUCAAGAAAUUGUUCGUCUAGAAUCACCCAACGAACCUGGUCAACGUAGUAGAUUAUUUUUUCACGAGGAUGUCCGUCAUGUGUUGGAAGAAAGCAUGGGCACAAAUAAAGUUGGAGGCAUGAUGAUACAAAUGCCUAAAGGUGAGGAAGUGAUAAGGUUGAAUUCUGAAGCAUUUGUACAGAUGAAAAGACUUAGAGUGCUUAUCAAUCGUAAUGCAAGUUUUUCAAGUGGACCUAAUUAUCUCUCCAACGAAUUAAGAGUACUUGAUUGGUUUGGAUAUCCGCUACAAUCUUUGCCACCCAAUUUCCAUGGAAAUAAACUCAUUAUCUUUAAAAUGUGUGGUAGCUUCAUCAGGGAGUUAAACUUCAUCAAGUUUAAGAAUAUGACAAUUAUGGAUUUUAGUGACUGUAAGUUUUUAACAAAAGUUCCAGAUCUUUCAAGCAUCCCAAAUUUGAAGGAAUUGAUUGCUAGAUGGUGUAGAAGUUUAGUUGAGGUGCAUAAUUCCGUCGGAUCCUUGGCGUAUCUUUGUCGAUUGAAUUUUCAUGGAUGCACUAACCUUGAAAAUUUUCCAACAAGCCUCAAGUUGAGAUCUUUACAAUUCCUUCAACUUUGUUUUUGCUCAAGCCUUCGUAGCUUUCCUAAAAUUGAGUGUGAAAUGAAAUUUUUAACUCGGUUGGAUCUAUCCUUUACUACAGUGGAAGAACUACCUUUAUCAAUUGGAAAUCUUGCUAGACUUGAUAGUUUACUUCUAGAUGGCUGCAAAAACCUUAAGCGUCUCCCAAUUAACUUUAUUCUUCGGUUACCACAUUUAACUGGACUUGGGAUAUUUGCUGGUUGUACAAAUCUAGUAAAGAAGAUGGGGUAUGAUGGGUCUACAACAAUGGAAGACGAGAUUUCAUCGAAUGAAGAACAACUCCAGGAAUUGGCGCCUCCAACAAAUUCAAGCAAUGAAAGCAGUGCAUUACAAGUGUUGAAUCAUCAGAAUUGUUUCCAAUCAGAAUCAAAUUUCUUUCCAAUAUCAAGUUUAUUUACCAUGUUUGAUUCUUCGACCACUUUGACUUAUUUAGAUCUAUCGGGAAGUGAAUUUGUUAGCCUUCCCACGAUCAUCAAAGGAUUUGUCGCACUUGUUAGGCUCUGUUUGAUGCAUUGCGAGAAACUUGAAGAAAUCUUAGAACUUCCACCAAAUAUAGUACUAGUAGAAGUUUUAGGAUGCAAGUCAUUAGAAAGAUUUCCAGAAGUAUCAAGAAUAAUGGAAUUCAAUGGAAGCCACAUUAGAUCUCUAAAAAGGAUUGACUUGGAUGGCUGCGACAAAAUGCAUGAGAAGAUUUGGAUUUAUAAAGUGCCAAAUCCAUUACUGUGGAAGGCCGGACAUUAUAGAACCAAUGAGGACAGGGAGGAAGAAGAAUGGGUAAUAAAUAUUGAGGGGCCAAACCAUUUGGAGGAUAUAAGCGGAAUUGUGGUGUAUGCCUCUAUUUCUUAUACAGGUCAUAUUGAUUGCUCUGUAUAUGAUUCCGCUAUGGUAACCAUUAAAACCUCAAAUUGUGUAUGGCGAUUCAAAACUAAUGAAGCUGUACGCUUGUCUAAUACUGAUAAAACGAAUGAAUUUAAUAAUGAAGUAAUGGUGUUGUACUCCGAUUUAGAAUCGUUUGAGCCAAAGGUUUUGGACGAUUUGGUUGUUCAACUUGAUAUUCCUACUUUUUUUUCGGGACUGUAUUAUGGGAGUUUGGGAGCCAAUAUUGUAUACAUGCAUGAAAGCAGAGCACAUAAAAGAAGAAAAAUGGAUUGAAUUAAAUGAUUGGCCAAGUGGUAUGGAAUUUCAGUUGUAGCAGGAUUUUUCAGUCCAUCCAAAUCAAAGGACAGAGAAGAAAUUGAAGAAAGUGAACACGGGGUGUUUGAUGAAAUGCCCCAGUUAACUUGAGAGAACCAAGAGUCUACUGUUUCUAUUUAUAAUGUGCAUUACAUCAACACAAGAGAUAUUUUGCCGUUGGAGACUUGUGUCUAUACAAGGUUACUUGCAGAAAUGAAAUAAUACAAAGUUGACAAAGUUGGAAUUAGCCGUUGCAUGGAUUGGGGUUGCCAUAUGGAUGAUCGGGAGAAUCUUUAGCAAAUGGGGAUGCGUUAACCAUCGUUGUGGCUAUUUCUGUGAGAGAUGGGUCUUCAUUUGCAUUGUACGAGAAUUUUGGACUAAUAGCCGUUGAAGUAAUGAGCAGCGGAUUACCCACCUUAAUUUGCAACAGAGGAGGUCUAGCAGAAAUAAUUGUUGAUGGAAUCUCAACGUUUCACAUUGUAUAAUGGUGACGAAUUGAGCCACAAGAUUGUUGAUUUCUUUGAAAUGUGCAAGGCGGGUCCUGAAAAUUGGAACAAGAUCGCAAAAGCUAGUCUCUGGCGUAUAAAUUAAUCCUACGCAUGGAAGAUUUAAGCAAACAAGCUGCUGAACAUGGGAGCAGCGUAUGGAUUAUGGAGGCAGAUGAACAAGGAACAAAAGUUAGCUAAACAAAAACAUAUCAACAUAUUCUACAAUCUCCCAUUUAGGAAUUUGUGGAGUUUUUACAACUAUAUUUAGGCAUGUUGAAACUUAUCAAAAAAAAUAUUUAGGCAAAUUGAAGUCAUAAACAUUUAUAUUGAGUUCUAUUCAUUGUAUCAUAGGGAAGGAGUUUGCUCAUCCCAAGCGAAGAACCCCAACAAGCAACACCAGCUGCGACGUCUAAAGCCUAAACAACCAGCCAUAACGUCGACAACUGAAUCCUAGUCCAGACCAAGGCAUAAAAGCUAACUCUUAAGAAAAUAUAAUUUUUUUUAAAAAAAUUUACUGAACAAAAGUUAUUUGAUUUCCUUCCAUGGUUGCAAGUUAUGCAGAAGGGGGCAUAGAACAAGUUAGAGAAAAUGGUGGAAUUAAGAAGAAAUUAGUUUUCAUGUUUUUAUUAAUGCAUAUUUCUUAUGCAACAAAUGGUCCUUUUAAAUAGUAAGAGAGGAAAUGCUAUAAAUGGACCAUUCUUGGUUCUCGGUCUUUUAAUUUAUUACCACCCAAUAUGAAACUGUAUCUUUUGUUCAUAUAGCUAAAGUGGAAGCAAGAUGUAGUGAGGAAAUAUAUCACUAAAUAUAGAAAAUGUAUAUUGUCAGGCAAGCAAACCAUUAGAAAGACUUCAAGAAAUAUCAAGAAUAUUGGAAUUCAAUGGAAGCCAUAUCAGAUCGCUAAAUUGUAUUAUCUGCAGUGGCUGUGACAAAUUGCAUGAGAAGAUUUGGACUUAUAAAGUGCCAAUUUCAUUGCUGUGGAAGGUAUGUAUGUACGUGUCUCAUGCUCUCUCUCAAUUCUAUAUAGGAUGCAUGCCACUAUGUUACCAGAAGAUUAGAUUCCAUAAUGGUUUCGGCAUCAGAAAGAAUUUUUAGAAAAUGAAAUUGUCAAGUUGGGGUAUGAAGAAGGGGUAAUAAAUAUUGAGGGGCCACACCAUUUGGAGGAUAUAAACGAAAUUGUAGGAUAUGCUUUUAUGUUUUUUAAAGAAGAAUGUGAGCUUGGGGUUGUUUGUAUCAUGAUGCUAAGGUAACCAUUAACAGCUCAAAUCGUGUAGGCCAUAUCGAUUGUAAUGAAGUGCUAUAUUUCAUUAAGGAUGAGCUAUAAUGAUGAUGUAAUGAAUAAAACCAGAGGCCAAUAAAAUGAUCUUUCUUCGUCCUUGAAACCAAAUUGAUCAACACAGUACUUUCGAACAAAAAUUACUUUAUACGUAAAUUAAACAUAAGUCUAUAUAGGUUUAGGUUUACUGAUAAGUAAUUCCAGUGUGAAGUUAAUUUAGACCUUUGAUUCUUCUUAAUUUAUUGAUUUCUUCAAGUACUGGCCAGGGAUCAUAUAAAUUAGACAUCCAAAGCUUCAAUUAUUUCCAUAGGAAGAGAAGUGCUUUUACCGUUUAUAUUCCAAACUAUAAAGAUUUACAAAAGUACCAAGAAUAUUGGAAUGCAAUGGAAGCCACAUCAAAUCGCUACAAGUGAUUGGCUUGGAGGGCUGCGACAAAAUGCAUGAGAAGAUUUGGAAUUAUAAAGUGCCAAAUCCAUUACUAUGGAAGGGACAUUAUAAUGCCAUUGUGUUACCGGAAAAUGAGAUUCUAGAGUGGUUCCGGUAUCAGAAAGAAUUUUUAGAAAAUGAAAUUGUUAAGAGAGUGGAUGAUGUUGUCCAAUUGAAAGGAAAUGAAGAAUGGGUAAUAAAUAUUGAGGCGCCGGACUAUUUGGAGGAUAUAAGUGGAAUUGUAAUAUAUGUCGUUCCAUUUUUUAAUGACGACUUUAGGGGUGAGAGUUUUUUAUGGGAAGCUGAGGUAACCAUUAACAGCUCAAAUUGUGUAUGCCGUAUCGAUAGUGAAGAACAUCUACUUUUGUAUGGUCAUAAUGUAACGAAUAAUAUUGUAGCCGUAGACCAAUAUGAAGUAUGGAUGUGGUACUCUGAUUUAGAAUCAUUUGAGGUAAAGGUUUUGGACAAUUUGAGGGUUCAACUUUGUAUUCCUCCCAAUCCUAGGGAUCCUCUUUGGGAACGGUAUUAUAUAAGUUGGGGAGCCAAUGUUGCAUACAAGCACCAAAGUAGAGCACAAAGAAGUUCUUUGGAAUUUCAGAUUUUGAUGACCUGUCUUUUCUUUUGUAAAAUGAUCAUUUUCAAGAAUGUUCAACCUUUUGAUUCACAUGUAGCAUGGAGUUUGUGUCAGCCCAGAUUGGUGGGUUAUACAGAGGCUCGGGAAGAUCAUCGAGAUAAUGCGAGACAGAGUUGGGGCAGAAAGGGGCUUGGGCGGGCCAAUGUGCAUGCCUACGAGCAACAAGGUCUUGUUGUGAAGCCUCAGAUUCUUGUGGUAACAAGAUUCUUGUGGAACACAGGAUAUUUCCAUGACAGGUGCAUAUAACUAACAGUGGCCUCGUCUCAUCUUCAAAAACCCCUAAAUUCACUGUCCUGCAGCUUGCUGACGCUGAGGGAGGGGGACGACCUCAAAUGGCUCGCUUUAUCCGAACCGCUCAAAGAACGCUUCGCUAUUCUUCUUCCUGGUCUAAUGCCACCCAAAUUCACCAUCUUUCUCUCCAAUCGCGUUUUGCCAUUUCUCGUUCUCUAUUCCAAGCCUUUUGAAUCCACAACCAAAUCGCCCUUCGAAGUUAACAUCCUCAGAAUCCUCCGCACUGAGAUCCAGUAUACAGAGGCAAUGUGCGCCUUCACCUUAGCUUGCUUGUUAAUAUCUCUAGGGGCAAUGGUUGUAAUGAAUUGGAGUUUCUGUGCUCGUCUUGGCCCGACUCUUUGGAGGUUCAGAAAGUUUAUAUACUUAGGCGCAAUCGAAUGCUGGCUAAGAGGCAAUGGGAGUAAAUGACGAUCUCUCUGUUUUCUUGCAUGUAUAUAUGAACUUAUCCGGUGGUUAGGAAGUGUCAAGACUUUUGUACAAAAAUAGGAGAAAACGCUUUUUACGGUUUGUCUGAGAUUCAUUGAUCCAAAUUUCUAAUUUUGAUUUUGAGUGGAGAAAGUCACUGUAGUGGGUACUCAAUUCCACUGCAGCAGGUACUCAAUUUUCCA